AUGCCACUCUUCCUCUCUUUGCUCUGCCUCUUACCCAUUUUCAUAGUUUCCUUUUUCAUCUUGUCAAAAAAGCUUAAACCCUCAAAAUGGAAACUUCCUCCGAGCCCAUCAAGUUUCCCAAUCAUAGGAAACUUGCACCAUCUCGGUGAUUUGCCUCACCGAUCCAUCCACAGGCUCUGCAUCAAAUACGGACCAGUGAUGUUUCUUCGUCUCGGGUCCGUUCCAGUGGUUGUGAUCUCCUCAAGCGAAGCAGCUGAAGAAAUGCUUAAAACCCAUGACCUAGAAUGUUCCACACGAUCCAAGAUGGUCGGGACCGAGAAGUUAUCUUACGGUUAUAAAGACAUAACUUUUGGGCCAUACGGUGAGUACUGGAGAGAGAUGAGGAAAGUCGCGGUUAUCGAGCUUUUUAGCCUCAAGAAGGUACAAUCUUUUAGGUCCGUGAGAGAAGAAGAAGUCGAAGUGAUGGUGAAGAAAGUGACGGCUUUGACACAAUCUCCUGUGGAUCUAAGAAAAAUGUUUUUCUCUUUUACCGGGAGCAUCAUUUGUAGAGUAGCCUUGGGACAAAACUUUCAUGACUGCGAGUUCAUCGACCAAGAGAAGAUGGAAGAACUUGUUGCCGAAGCAGCGGAUGCUCUAGGGAACUUCACUUUCACGGACUUGUUCCCUUCUGGUGGUUUUGGAAGAUCCAUAGAUUGGUUGAUUGGUAAACACAAGAAGUUAAACAAAGUCUUUAAGAAGCUUGAUGCUUUUUUCCAGCAUGUGAUUGAUGAUCACUUGAAGAAAUCUUCGGGACGUAAAACUUCGGACACUCCAACGGAUAUUGUCGCCGUGAUGCUGGAUCUCAUCGGAAAGCAAGGAAAAGAAGAUUAUUUCAAGCUCGAUUACGAUAAUAUAAAGGCAGUCCUCAUGGAUGUAUUUCUUGCUGGGAUAGAUACAAGUGUCAUAACAAUGGUAUGGACGAUGACAGAACUUGCUAGAAACCCAAGAGUGAUGAAGAAAGUACAAGAAGAGAUCCGAACCACACUAGGGACCGAAAAGAAGACAAUUACUGAACAAGACAUCAACAAAGUUGAUUACUUACAACUCAUAAUCAAAGAAUCAUUCAGAUUGCACCCACCAGUUCCAGUUGUCACCAGAAAAACAAUGUCUCACGUCAAGAUCCAAGGCUACGAUAUUCCUCCGGAGACAACAGUUCAGAUCAACGUAUGGACGAUCGGACGUGACCCAAAACGUUGGACUGACCCUGAAGAUUUCAUCCCUGAACGGUUUCACAACAGUUCUAUAGAUUUUAGAGGACAAAACUUUAAUCUACUACCUUUUGGUUCUGGUCGAAGGAUCUGUCCAGCGAUUCCCAUGUCGAUCGCUGUUAUUGAAUUGGCGUUGUUGAAUAUGCUUUACUUCUUCGAUUGGAGAUUGCCUGAUGGGAUGGGAAUUGGAGAUAUUGAUAUGCAAGAAGUUGGUACUCUCUCGGUAGUCAAGAAAAUACCUCUCAUGCUUGUACCGGUUCGACGACAAUAA